AUGGCUCUGCAGGAAUCUAAGAUUGUGCAGCAAGAUGAUACAGAUGAUGAUAUCGAGACUUUGAUGUAUCUCAAUCUACAGCGACAGCUUCAUUACUUCCAAGGGGUUUCCUUUGCUCUCGGCAUUUUCCUUUCAUUUUCGCUGCUGUUCAAUGCGCUAUGGGUUCACCAGACCGUGCAAUUGAUGUCGAUAUCCAUAUUAACACCCACCAAAUACACUGGUCUUGUGCGAAACAUAUCAACUCCUUUCAUCAUAGACAACCUAUUCACCAACGAGAAUAGAACCAUUGCAGAUGCAGCUUGGAGCUCACCGGAUCUUGACUCGGAAGUCGGACUCGUGGCUUUGACAGACGAGUACGCCAAAUCAAAAGGACUGCUUCCGGCACAGCGCUGGCCCUGGGAUCAUUCGAAAGGCAUCUACGUUCUGAACGGCUUUCACAACCUUCACUGCCUUCAACUUGUCCGAAACUUAGUCCUCGAGGCAUACGAUAAUGUGCCCCUAACAUAUCCACUCGAGCAUGUGUCUCAUUGCCUAAAUGUGCUUCGUGAAGAAGUAAUAUGCAAUGCCGAUGACACCCCAAGAUAUACCGGUCGACUAAACUCUGAGAAAGGAAAAGAGCAUCCAACAUCUGGGAUCGGUCAGACAAGAAUGUGUAACGAUUGGGGGAAGCUGAGAAGCUGGGCCGUAGCAAAUUCAGGCUGCUUCCGAGCUAUUAACGAAAGCACGCCAAAUUUCCCCACCAUUGAGCGUUACAAGUUUUGUCCGGAGGGGAUGAAUUAUUCUUCUCCGACACCCUGA